AUGGAAAUAUCCUCCGACGCGGGAGACAUUUCUCCAGAGAGGGGUUUACCCGAUUUACCCGAGGAUGGCGGUAGCAGACGUUCGUCGGUCUCCGAGGCUGCAGCGGAAGGUACUCAGGCGGAAGUGGAGGAGAAACAACGUCUUCUGGCCGGCUGGCGUCGCGUGCCGCACAACAAGUCGCUCGACGACCUACACUCGUCCGUUUACGUACCACCUCCCGAAUCGGCCUGGUACUACAAGCUCUUCGCGUUCACCGGCCUUGGAUUCGUCGUCAGCGUGGGAUACAUGGACCCGGGAAACUGGGCUACGGACAUUGCGGGAGGGUCGGCGUUCGGAUACACGCUGCUAUUCGUCGUGCUCAUGUCGUCCAUCUGCGCCAUGUUUCUCCAGAGCCUGUCUUUAAAGCUCGGCGUCGUCGGCGAAAGGGACCUCGCGCAGGCCUGCCGCGACGCGUAUCCGCGCUACGCUAAUCUUACUCUCUGGAUUCUCGCCGAAAUCGCCAUCGCCGCUACCGAUCUCGCCGAAGUUAUUGGAUCCGCGACCGCCAUGUACCUUCUCUUCGGCUUACCUUUGUGGAUUGGCAUCCUUAUAACGGGAGCCGAUUGCCUCCUUAUAGUCUUCCUCGGCGCCCGCAGCGCGCGCGUGCUGGAGCUGCUGAUCUUCAUUCUCUGCGCUCUAAUCGCCGCGUGCAUGACGUACGAGUUGAUUGCGGUGCGUCCCGAUUGGGUCCUGGUCCUGAAAGGAUUCAUUCCGUCAGGCCAGAUUUUCACCAACCCUGACGUGCUAUACGCGGCGGUGGGUAUUCUGGGAGCAACGGUCAUGCCGCACAACCUCUACCUCCAUUCCAGCAUUAUCCAAACGCGCAAUUACAGUCGCACGGCAGAAGGCAAGCGCAUGGCCGUCCGUUACGGCACGUGGGACUCGUGCCUGUCGCUCUUCGUCGCCUUUUUCGUCAACGCGGCCAUCCUGAUCCUCGCGGCCGCGGCUUUCUACUACAACCCGUCGGGCCAGCAGACCGUCGCGGAUAUCAGCGACGCGUACCAUCUCCUCGCGCCCGCCAUUGGCGACACUGCGGCAAGAAUCCUCUUCGGCGUCGCCCUGCUGGCCAGCGGCCAGAACUCCACCAUCACGGGAACACUCGCGGGUCAAAUUGUGAUGGAGGGGUUUGUGGACGUGAAGCUUCCGCCAUGGCUUCGUCGCAUGGUGACUCGCUGCAUUGCGAUUGUACCUGCUGUCAUUGUGGCUGCUAUCAGUGGCAUGGAAGGCGCUGGGAAGCUUCUGGUGCUGAGUCAGGUGAUUCUGUCACUGCAGCUGCCGUUUGCGAUUGCGCCGCUGGUGCAUUUCACGUCGUCCCCGGCUCGCAUGGGGAAGUUUGUGAAUGGGUGGGUGAGCAUGAUUCUGGCGAGUCUCCUAACGCUGGCCAUUAUAGGGCUUAAUGGCUUCCUUGUGGUGCAGUGGGCCAUGGGUGAGAUGGUUCGUGAUUCUGCUAGCUCGCCGCAGGGAACGAUCGCCGCAGGAGGCAGGCGCAACCCGAGAAGAAGCGCUUCUAACGAGAAGUAUCGUGAGCGCCAGACGAGGAAGGGAAAGGAUUCCGCUGCCGCGUCGGUUGAGAGAGGUGAAGGUUCGGUGGAGAGUGGUGGAGGAUUCGCGAAGCCAGGGGUUGCGAAGAGCGGGGAGGGGGAAGAGCGAAGCGCAGACAGAUCGAGUCACGCGCGGAGGGCGCGUGGCGGAAGGAAAGGUCGUGCGGCGGCGCAGGCGCGCGGAAGUUGCGGAGAAGAGGAGCGAGCGGCCGACGGAGGGGGUGGUGUGAGGGGGACCGGGCUGGCAAGAGGGGCGCGCGGGGGGGGGGGAACCGGGCGACGAGGGCGAGCGGGUAAAGCGAAGGCGGAAGGACGUGUAGGGCGCUCAGAGGAGCGCAAGGGCGCAGCGGAGGGCAGAGGCAGGGCGGAGCGGAGGCUACUGCGCGGAUUGAGGCUGGAAGACUUCCCUCCGGCGGAGCAGAGCGCGCUAGUGGCGGAGAGGCAGGCGGAGAGUGAGACGCUAGAGGAGGAGGAGGAAGGGGACGGGGAGGAGGAGGUGCGGGGAGGAGAGGAGGUAGAGGAGGUGGUGGGAUUGGAGGGAGGGAGUGAAGAGGGGGGAGGGGAAAAGGUGCAAGAGGAGAUUCACGGGCUGCUGAGGGAGGCUAUAGCUGCAGAAGAGGCGGAGGCUCGGCAAGUUAAGGCUCGGCAAGUCGAGGCUUGGCAAGCUGGGGCUCGGCAAGUACAGGCUCGUCAAGUACAGGCGCGGCAAGUUGAGGCACGAUCUGCUCCAAGUGUAGCAGCUGUAGCCGGGACAGCAGCAACAGGGGAAGUAACAAGGCGCGUGAAGAGGGGCUGGCUAGAAGGGGUGACGGGAAGAGGCAGGGAGGGAAGAGGCAGAGAGGGAAGAGACAGAGAGGGAAGAGACAGAGAGGGAAGAGACAGAGAGGGAAGAGACAGAGAGGGAAGAGACAGAGAGGGAAGCGACAGAGAGGGAAGAGACAGAGAGGGAAGCGACAGAGAGGCAAGCGACAGAGAGGGAAGGGACAGAGAGGGAAGCGACAGAGAGGGAAGCGGCGGAAAGGGAAGGUCAGGCGAGCUGGAGGUUGCAGGGUGGAGAGGCAUAGAGGGUGAGGAGGGAGGGGCAACAGCAGGAGAGGGAGGGAGGGCAGUGAGUGUGGUGGCGACGCGGACGCACACAGAGACAGUGCCUGUGUCUGAAGAGCAGCAGGUGGUGACCGUCACAGAGACCACGGUGCAACUGCAGGUGCAGCAGGUGGGUGUAGAGAGGGGAAAGGGUGCAGCGAGUGCAGGUGAGGCAGAGGCAGAGGAAGAAGCGUUUGAAGCUGCAGCUGAAGGGAUACAGGCUGCUCCUGCUGUGCCUGCUGCUUGGCGCCUGGACGAGCAGCAGCGCAGCGACUCACGUCAGGUUGAUAAGGUUCUAGCGGUUCCCGAAGUGGGGAAACAGAGUGCAUGGGACACAGGGGCGGUUGAUGCUGCUGCUGGGCCGCGGGGUGUGAAGCGGCCUGCUGCUGCAAUGACCCAGGCAGGUGGAGAGGUUGCAGUGGCUGCUGGGGGUGGGGGAGGGGGAGGGGGAGGGGGAGGGGGAGGGGGAGGGGGAGGGGGAGAAGGAGCGGGAGAUGGAUUGAGCGCUCAAGUGCCUGGUGUGGGGAGGGCUUCUCUUGGCGGCCCUUCAAUGGGGCCUGGUGUGGGCCCCGGCAUGGGGCUGGGCGGGAUGGUGACAGCGAUGGAUGAGAGGAUGAUGGAGGUGGUGGUGCGGCAUGCACUGCAGGCAAGGGAGGAGGCGCAGCGGAGGAAGGUGCAGGAGAGUGCGCGCGCUGUGAGGGACAUGCGGGGGAAGGUGGAGAGGCGGAGGAGGGAGGCGAGGCAAUUGGAGGAGGAGCGGGAUGAGCGGUUGAGAGAGAUGGAUGAUGCGGUUCAGGAGCUGGUGGCGAGGGCGGAGAGCCUUGAGAGGGCGGAGAAGGAAGCGCGAGGGGUGGCAGAGAGGGCAGAGAGGGACAAGGCAGUGCAGGAGGCGAGAAUCAGAGCGAGCUAUGAGGCACUACUAGGGGACGACAAGGAGAAGGAGGCACUGGCCCAGGCAGAGAGGCAGCUGGAAGCGCAGCAGGCAGAGCUGCGGGCGCUGGAGGCAAAGCAGGCUGCGCUGGCGGACGACCUCAAGGCCAGGUUCUGGAGCACCGUGAGGAGCGAGCUGUACGAGGGUGGCUCGUAG